AGGCUCCGCUUGAAUAAAUUUCUUGACAAAAAUCUUCAGUCUUCGACCCUUGGCCAUUGGCAUGGAUGAAAACAACGAUAACCACAAAACUGGUAAAAAAAACCUUUAAAAAACUUGAAAAGCACCUGCCUGGAUGAACUGGUCAGCGGAAACUCUAAAAAAGUGGUUAUUUUUAGAAGCAUGCAUCGCUGUUCGUUGAAGUUAUUACGGAAAGAAACAGGUUUUUCACUUUGUAGAUGACCAUUGUCUUUGUUGGAGUUUCUUUCAGUGAUUUGAACUGCGGAGUCUCGAAAGAAGUUUCAUUGACUGGUGUUACCGUUUUCAUAUUUCCAUGUUGUUCAACACGUCUUUGUUGCUAAGUUCGCCAAAUACGACAACAACUUCGCCAACCCCCAUUUUAAACGAACUUACUCCAGUUGCAGUCGAUGAACAGAUUUUCUUCCAAACCGCCGCUGCUCGCGGAAUUUCGGGUAUCUUUGUGUGGUUAUCUUUAAUUAUAACCUGCCAUCAGAUUUAUCAACAUUUAAGGUAUUACACUAACCCAAAUGAGCAGAGGUGGAUUGUGAGAAUCCUGUUUAUUGUUCCUAUCUAUGCAUUUGAUUCCUGGUUGAGCUUGUUAUUUUUUGAACAGUCAUAUUAUGUCUACUUUGACAGUAUCAGGGAUUGUUAUGAAGCAUUUGUUAUCUACAACUUCUUGAGUUUGUGUUACGAAUAUUUGGGAGGUGAGAUGUCAAUCUUAAGUGAGAUAAGAGGACGACCAAUCAAAGCCAGUUGGUUAUGGUGCACAUGUUGUUUAACAGGAUGUCAAUAUACAAUAGUGUUCUUAAGAUUCUGUAAACAGGCCACUCUUCAGUACUGUGUCAUAAAACCCAUCAUGGCAGUCAUUACACUCAUUCUUCAGCCACUUGGUUACUACUCUGAUGGAGACUGGAGAGCUGACCGUGGCUAUCUGUAUAUCACAAUAGUGUACAACAUCACGGUAUCACUGGCUCUGUAUGCAUUGUUUCUGUUCUAUCAAGCCACACGAGAUCUCCUUAGUCCUUACUAUCCUGUGCUGAAGUUUUUUACCAUAAAGUCAGUUAUUUUUCUUUCUUUUUGGCAAGGUGUUCUACUAGCUGUGCUAGAAAAGGCGGGAGCCAUCAGAACAUAUCGUGACUUAUCCGCUGGCACAAUUGCUGCCGGGUAUCAGAACUUUGUGGUCUGCAUAGAAAUGUUCUUCGCUGCCAUUGCUCUCAGGCACGCCUUCCCUUACUCGAUUUAUCGCCAUCAGAGAAAACUUGACGAGCGAGGGCAAGGAAUCGCGUUGAAAAGUAUCUCUAGAAAUCUAAGACAAACGAUAAAUCCUAAAGACAUUGUAGAUGAUGCGAUUCACAACUUCUCCAGAUCUUAUCAGCAUUACGCAAACGCGCAGAAUCUAAAAACUUUCAACGAGGAAAGCACUGUGCAAGCGAACUCUGUAACUUCAUAUCGAAGCACUGUUGUGGAAAACUUGGAUUCAAUUAAACCUGGAAUGCAAAUCACAGUUCUUGAUGGCCAUGGAUACAGAUACGAUAAUGAGAAUUCCACGCUACUUGCGUCUGACGAGGAAUUUUAGUAUUUG